CAGUCCCCUGUGGCGCGCGGCGAUGACUGGGAGGGCUGAGUUGGGUGGAGCGGCACUUCAAGCUGAAAGAAGCCGGGCUCUGUAAGGCCAUGUUUCGCAGAGUGCUGCGUCUUGGCUUGACCCCGGGCCGCCCAAAUCGGGGCCUACGCACACGCAGAGGAGGCUUUACUCUGGAUUGGGAUGCAAAGGUGUCUGACUUUAAGAAGAAGAUUGAGUGCAUCCUACCUGGAAAGCAAUGGGGAAUGCCAUUCGACACCAGCUACCUGCCCCCAAAACAGUCAGAUGUGGUCAUCAUAGGAGGUGGGAUCCUUGGUCUGUCUGUGGCCUUUUGGCUGAAGAAGCUGGAAAGUCAACGAGGUGCCAUUCGGGUACUGGUGGUUGAACAAGACCACACGUUUUUCUUUUCACAGUAUUCACGGGCUUCCUCCACAGGACCUUCUGUGGGCGGGAUUUGGCAGCAGUUUUCUGUGCCUGAGAAUGUCCAACUGUCCCUCUUUUCAAUCGACUUUCUACGGAACAUAAAUGAAUACCUAGCUGUAGUGGAUGCCCCUCUUGUGGACCUCCAGUUCAACCCUUCAGGCUGUCUCUUGCUAGCUUCAGAAAAGGAUGCUGCCACUUUGGAAAACAACGUGAAAAUGCAAAGGCGGGAAGGAGCCAAAGUCUGUCUGAUGUCUCCUGAGCAUCUACAGAACAAGUUUCCUUGGAUAAACAUAGAAGGAGUGGCUCUGGCCUCUUAUGGGAUGGAAGAUGAAGGUUGGUUUGAUGCCUGGUCUCUGUUCCAGGGUCUUCGUCAAAAGGUCCAAUCAAUGGGAGUCUUACUCUACCAGGGAGAGGUGACACGUUUCAUCACUUCAUCUAGCCAAAUGGAGACCACAACUGGGGAACAGGUAGUCUUGAGAAGGAUCCAUGAAGUCCAUGUAAAAAUGAACAAUAGCCUGGAGUAUCAGCCAGUGGAGUGUGCUGUAGUGAUCAAUGCCGCAGGAGCCUGGUCUGGGCAAGUUGCUGAGCUGGCUGGUAUUGGGAAGGGACUGCCUGGCACCCUGCAGGGCACCAAGCUACCUGUGGAGCCAAGGAAAAGGUAUGUGCAUUUAUGGCACUGCCCCCAGGGACCAGGUCUGGAGACACCGUUGGUUGCAGACAUCAAUGGAGUCUAUUUUCGACGGGAAGGAUUGGGUAGUAACUACCUAGGUGGCUAUAGCCCCACUGAGGAAGAAGAACCAGACCCAACAAAUCUAGAAGUGGACCAUGAUUUCUUCCAGAACAAAGUGUGGCCCCAUUUGGUCCAUAGGGUGCCAUCUUUUAAGACUCUAAAGGUACAGAAUGCCUGGGCUGGCUAUUAUGACUAUAACACUUUUGACCAGAAUGGCGUGGUGGGCCCCCACCCACUAGUUGUCAACAUGUACUUUGCUACCGGCUUCAGUGGCCAUGGACUUCAGCAUGCACCUGGCAUCGGUCGAGCUGUGGCAGAAAUGAUACUAGAGGGUCAGUUCAAGACCAUCGACAUGAGCCCCUUCCUCUUCACCCGCUUUUACUUAGGAGAGAAGUUACAAGAGUACAAUAUCCUAUAAGAAUGGAAACUUCUCUGGGCCUCACCAGCCCAGGUGUUGCCUCACAUUGGCUGUGGUCACUGCCCUAGUCUCCUCAGGACUGUGUCAGGGCUGCAUCCCUUUCCUCACCAUCCUCUAAGCCAGGCCACUCUUCCCCAGUGUCUCUGGACAUGGGAUGGACAUAGGCACAGAGACCCAGGCCAAUGGAAAGUGAUGAAAUGGGACCCUGGGACUGACUGUAGCCCAGGCUGAUGCUAUCAUCCAAACAGUUCUGCUGACAUCCUGAGUAUGGGACCCAGAACUGACCUCCUCCUUUCUGACUCUCUGGUCAGAGCCCAGGCACACAGCAUUCUAGGAUUGCCUGGCCCAAAUUUAUUGACUCAUGUGAAAACCUAUUCU